CUUGUUCCAGGCGACAUGGAGGACGACUCACUCUACUUGGGAGGUGAGUGGCAGUUCAACCACUUUUCGAAACUCACAUCUUCUCGGCCAGAUGCCGCUUUUGCUGAAAUCCAGCGGACUUCUCUCUCUGAGAAGUCACCACUCUCAUCUGAGACCCGUGUCGACCUCUGUGAUGAUUUGGCUCCUGUGGCAAGACAGCUUGCUCCCAGAGAGAAGCUUCCUCUGAGUAGCAGGAGACCUGCUGCGGUGGGGGCUGGGCUCCAGAAUAUGGGAAAUACCUGCUACGUGAACGCUUCCCUGCAGUGCCUGACAUACACACCACCCCUUGCCAACUACAUGCUGUCCCGGGAGCACUCUCAAACGUGUCAUCGUCACAAGGGCUGCAUGCUCUGUACUAUGCAAGCUCACGUCACACGGGCCCUCUACCGUCCUGGCCAUGUCAUCCAGCCCUCACAGGCAUUGGCUGCGGGCUUCCAUAGAGGCAAGCAAGAAGAUGCCCACGAAUUUCUCAUGUUCGCUGUGGAUGCCAUGAAAAAGGCAUGCCUUCCCGGGCACAAGCAGGUAGAUCAUCACUCCAACGACACCACCCUCAUCCACCAAAUAUUUGGAGGCUACUGGAGAUCUCAAAUCAAGUGUCUCCACUGCCACGGCAUUUCAGACACCUUUGACCCUUACCUGGACAUCGCCCUGGAUAUCCAGGCAGCUCAGAGUGUCAAGCAAGCUUUGGAACAGUUGGUGAAGCCCGAAGAACUCAAUGGAGAGAAUGCCUAUCAGUGUGGUCUUUGUCUCCAGAAGGCGCCUGCCUCCAAGACGUUAACUUUACACACUUCUGCCAAGGUCCUCAUUCUUGUAUUGAAGAGAUUCUCCGAUGUCACAGGCAACAAACUUGCCAAGAAUGUGCAAUAUCCUGAGUGCCUUGACAUGCAGCCAUACAUGUCUCAGCAGAACACAGGACCUCUUGUCUAUGUCCUCUAUGCUGUGCUGGUCCACGCUGGGUGGAGUUGUCACAGCGGACAUUACUUGUCUUAUGUCAAAGCUCAAGAAGGCCAGUGGUAUAAAAUGGAUGAUGCCGAGGUCACUGCCUCUGGCAUCACCUCUGUCCUGAGUCAACAGGCCUAUGUCCUCUUUUACAUCCAGAAGAGUGAAUGGGAAAGACACAGUGAGAGUGUGUCAAGAGGCAGGGAAACAAGAGCCCUUGGCGCUGAAGACACAGACAGGCGAGCAACGCAAGGAGAGCUCAAGAGAGACCACCCCUGCCUCCAGGUACCCGAGUUGGACGAGCACUUGGUGGAAAGAGCCACUCAGGAAAGCACCUUAGACCACUGGAAAUUCCUCCAAGAGCAAAACAAAACGAAGCCUGAGUUCAACGUCAGAAAAGUCGAAGGUACCCUGCCUCCCAACGUACUUGUGAUUCAUCAAUCAAAAUACAAGUGUGGGAUGAAAAACCAUCAUCCUGAACAGCAAAGCUCCCUGCUGAACCCCUCUUCCACGACCCCGACAGAUCAGGAGUCCAUGAACACUGGCACACUCGCUUCUCUGCAAGGGAGGACCAGGAGAUCCAAAGGGAAGAACAAACACAGCAAGAGGGCUCUGCUUGUGUGCCAGUGAUCUCAGUGGAAGUGCCGACCCACACGUAGGGGUGCACACACACACACACACACACACACACACACACACACACACACAAGCGCGCACAGAAACACACACACACCCACACAAACACGAACACCGUCAAUCCUACGUAAAGUAAUGAGGAGCCCAAGUUUCUGUCUCUACAACAGGGACAACUGCAUAGUGAUGGCUGCGUCUCAGGAUGAGCCCACACAUGGGAAACAUCAAGUUUCGGGGUCGUGAGUCUUCCGAACCUCUGGAGGGACUGUCUGUGUGUUUGCGUUCGUGGUAGAUGACAUUCAGUGUGUAUUUCUGAACAUGACCUCCUGACGUGUAGGUUUGCGUGUGAGGUUAUUGCAGGGGACAGGGUUUACUAUUUUCUCUUGGGGUGUGUUUCAUUCGUCAGUUGGUGGUCGGCAAGAGAAGGUGAAAUUUUUCUCAUGUGGGACAUGCGUGGAUCAUUCUCGCCACCUUGAAUAGUGGAAACUGGAAUUCAGUUGGAAGAUGGGAACGGUGCUCUUCUUUCUUACCCUGGCUCACCCAUUUUAUUUUGGUUUCUGAAUGGACCUCGGGUGCCCUGGGACUUGUGCUCUUGCUGGAACCCACAUAACGCCGGAAGCAGACAGACCGACUUGCCUGUUUCACG